AUGAAAGUGUACACGUCAGACGGGCUGCUGGUGAGCAGGGACGCCGACACCGGCGGUCUCUCGACGGAGCAGGGUCAACAGCUCAUCUCCAUCUAUCGACUCUUCCUUCAACUGCACCACGCCGGCACCGGCACCAUGCGCAUCAAGGACAUGAUCAAGCCUGAGACAACGGAUGCGGUCGGCGAGCACGGCAGUGGAGGAGCCGGUGGAGACAAGAACGCCGAUCGCCGAGGUGGCGGCGCUGGUCGUGGUGGCUCUGGUGCGGCGAACACCAACUGGAGCUCCGUAAUGCCGCCCAUGCCGGAGAACACGGCAUACACGAGCAGCAUCGCCGUCGUCUCCACCGGUACCCCGUACCCGAUGUUCCUCCUGUCGUCCAACGCCAUCCCAGAGACCCAUCGACUGCGCGGGUUCGCCUCUGCAGUGGCGCCACAGCAGCAGCAGCAUGCGGCAUCGGCUGGCACGGCGGCCACCGCCUCCAGAAAGAACAAUAACCGUAGCGCCAAUGGAUGCGAGGAGAUCGCGGUGCGGUGGAGUCUGCUGGCGAAGCAGCCCCCGUCCUUCCCCGUGGCGGCGGCGGCGGGCUCUGCUCCCGGUGCUGCUACCGGGGCUUCCGCAGGCACACCGGACUCCAUCACCGCAACGGUUAACGCCACCACGGCCAUCGUGAUGACUGCAGACACAGGUGCGGAUGUGCCCGGGGACAGGACGGGCUGUGCUGGAGCGCGUACUUUCUCGAUGUCCAACACAAAGUCUGCUGGCCACCUGCCUGGUGCCCCACAAAGGGAUCGCGUGGCUGGCGAGUGGAGCAACGCCGGCAACGUGGCGCCCGCGUCCUCGGCGGACGCCUCGCCGGCGCACACCGCAGCCCUCGCACCGUGCGCGCACCCGUCAGGGUGGACAGCGGCAGAGCUGCAGGUGCACACGACGAAGCAGGUGAUGAUGUGCACCGCCUCCGAGCUGUCCCUCGACUUGGACGGAGGCGCCGAGGACGGCAACGCACCGCUGCUGUUCUGCUGCUCAACGUUGCCCAUCUCGGGUUAG